AAGCAGGGUUGUACUCUGGAUGGGUGAAGACUAUAAUUAAUGCAACAGUGCAACUGUCUGCUUGAAGAACCUGAACUACACAUAUAUCAUAUAUGUUUAGGACUUUAGGACUAGGUUUUGUUCUAGUACUAAUCAUGCUAUGAAGGCAUGAGAAUGACUACAUGAAGAAUCUCCAAACCCCUGCAGAGGUCUACUGUUGACUGUUUUGAAGACAUCUGGAUUUAAGGAAUCCCUGCUCUAAUUUGUUACUUGUCUUUCUCACCACCAAGACAUGGUGUUCUGGAUUAUCUUCCCCAUCUCCCUCUCCCUGGUGUCCUUCAUUGGAACAUGGACUGUUUAUGGCCUGGCCUUAUUCAACGGUCAUGUGUGCUCUCUCAAUGACUGGGGGGGUAACAACUACUGUAGAGGGAAUCAGUCCAAUGGAUGCUGCCUUGUUCCCACUAUAAGCUCAAGUGGAACUAGCGCACCAGAAAAUUCCCUUUUUACAGCCACAAUCAACGCUGGAUCCUUUUUGUUUCUGCUGUUCUGUAUAUUCCACCAUGCCCAUAUUAUGGAGAGACAUACAUGUCAUUCCAUGCUGAGCAAGUCUGCACUGGUCUUUGGCGUGGUGGCAGCCAUGGGGGCAUUUGCUGCUGGAAACUGCAAUCCGGGUUACCUGACACUCCUUCACUACUUCGGAGCUGCCAUCAGUUUCAUAUGCAUCUGUUUCUACACUGUCCUGCUCACUGUGCUGACCAUGAAGUGUGUGCUGACAGGAUACGAGAAGGUUCUCUACCCAUUACGCAUCGUCUCCACUGUGGUUCAAACCAUUGUCACCAUCUGCUACACUGUUUUGUUUGCCCAGGACGAGUACUUUUACGAGCAUGUGUCUGCUAUAUUUGAGUGGAUGCUCAGCGUCAACCUGGAGCUGUUUGAGCUCAGCUACGCAGUGGAGUUUUGCUUCUUCUCGUCCUUCAUGCUUUCGAAUCUGUUGAGCAAACGAGACGAAGAAAAGCCUUUGAUGAUAAGGAUGUCCUGAUAUGAGGCUGCCAGGGUCCAGCUGAAGCACAUGAGCAGUGAGGAUGGACUGAGUGAGACAUCUGUAAAGACAGUGGCUGGACCGUGGCUGGAGGAAGAAUAAUUUUUUUCAUCACUUUGCUGGGAUGGAUUUAUAUCCAUUUAUGGAUUAUGAUCACUGUUAUUCCACCCUCUUGUAGCUGUUGCCUAAAGUUGUAUGAUUUUCUUUACUGGGCAUAUUUAUUGAAACAAACUAGCUUGUACAGCAAAUGAACAAAACAUAUCAGUCGUAUUAUAGUUAUGUGCAAAACAUUUUGAUGAUCUGCCAACAGAACAGUUAAUGUGAGGUGUCUCUAAUCCACAAAUAAUUUAUGUCAAUUUUUUUUUUUUUUUUGCGUAUUGACCUUUUACCUGAUGUUAACAUAAUCAACAAUGAUCUAAGAAUUCGUCAUCAGGUACACUAAUGAGGACCAGAAGCCAUGAAAAUCUCACUGAUGUUAGCUUAACAUUAAGGAUCUAAGCACUUACAUACAGCUUUGGCAGUUUAAUAAAAUCCUGACCACUGUA